UCACUAUAUUAAUGUAAAAUGGCAACCCAGCUGUUAGCUGUCAAUAAGUCCCGAUGGAAAGUGUUGUUUCGCUGAUUUCAUCCAUGUAUCUUAGCUCAAAUUUAUAAAUUUGUUUGUCCAUAUUUUAAUUAGGCUAGCCUUAAUGUUAUUUACAAAUGUUUAUUAAGUUAAGGACUCGCUGCUAAUGUGGAAAGAGGCGUGCAGUUAACAAACAAUCGAUGUCUUUAGAGUCCAUUUUCGCGUGGAAUCUAUCAUUCAAAAUGGCAGUGGUAUUAACAAUUCGCAGAUGUGAAAAAUGAUUUGGUGAAUUAUAAACAGUGUCGGUGUGGGUGGAUGGUGAAUUAAACGCGGAAAUGUGGACAUAAAGUGUAAAAUGGGUUCCCAGACACUAGAGAUAUUGCGCCAAGGUGUUUGGGCAUCGUUAACUGGGGGAUGGUUUUAUGAUCCUCAUCAGAAUUUGUUUUGCAACACUGUGCACCUGUAUGUGUGGUUGUUCCUGCUAUGUUUGCCGUUUUCUAUCUACCUGUACUUCCCGCCCGCGAGCCUCGGUUGGAUAAUAUACUGCGCGCUGGUAGCGCUGCUGUUUGCCGGGCUGAAGCUGCUGAACCACGGGCUCCACCACAUGUACGACACCACCGAAUGCAUCCGAGUGCAGCCCCCCACUGACCCCAACGCCACUGAGAAUACUGCUCCUGAGGAAGGCAUGGAGAUGCAGAUGCUGAAGCUGGGUGGCAUGGCGGCGGCGGGCAGCGACAACGAGUCCAUCACCUCUUUGGAGUACCAUAAGCCUAACAACAGUACCAUAGAUUUAAAAGUAGAUGUCCACCGCAAAAACAGUUCGGAGUCGAGCAUAGAGGACAGCGCAAUGUCUGCCAAGCAGACCGAGGUAGUGGCGGCUACCAAGUCAGACCUGUGCGUGGCGCAGGCGGCCGAGGUGGCCGGCCCCUCCAAACCCCGUCCAGCCAGCCGGAGCCGCUCCAAGUCCGGCCACAGGAGGGAACACAGGACCUCCAAGCGAAGGACCCACGGCACCAGAAUCGACGAACUCAUAGGAGAAGCUUCUAGAAGCGCCAGAGCGGAAAACAACCUACCCGUUCAUAUGUUAGUCGAUGAAGGCCCCUUCGCUAAAGUCAGUAGACGCUACCACGAGUGUCCGCAUAGACGAGGCUCCAGCAAUAAAGACUUUUUCAAAGAGUGGCUUUAUCUCGACGGCAGUGAGGCUGCUGGUGAACCUUACCAGUCUAAAUUCGCUCGACAACUCAGUUCUGACUCUAGGGACAACUCCGAACCUAGUGUUGGACCACCUUCUCCGAAGAAACGGAUAGCACAUCGACGAAGGUACGCCAACUAUCCGGACGAAAGUUGUACUAAGUCUGCCAUGGCGCUGGCUACACAACAGUCGUCCAAUAUGCGGAGGAACUCCAACUCGACCAUGUCCACCAUACAGUUACCACUUCUGAAUUCGACUGCGCAACUUGUGUCACACAUGAGGAGGCACUCGAACAAUGCGGAUACUGGGUUCUUCGCCAGCGUAGAGCUUGGUGAGUACAUGAUGGUGAAAGCCGAACAGCCAGUCGGCGAAACUGAGAAAAGUAAAGGGAAGAGCUCAGGAUUCAGAAGAAUAAAGAGUGCCGCGUUAGAAAUUGGAUGUCCACCUCCUAGUGUUUCAAAUCUAUCCCCCCAUCCAAAUAGUGCAGAAACUAUAGGUGGUCAGAUGCUAAAGAACCCCAAAAAUGCGGUUAUUCCACCUCCUAGCAAAAGUUUAACGCGCGGCCCACAUUUAAACUUGUAUCCAAAAAACGAGUCAGGGGAGGGAUGUAGCUAUCCUUACUUAACUUACGGAUCAGAAAUCGUGUAUCCGAUAGCUGAAAUAUCCGAUGAGAUGCAAACGUCGCAGAAAGAAACGGAUCUAGAUUCAAGUGGAGAGAGUUAUAGUGACUAUGAUGAUGAGAAGCAGUUUCGUGGGUUUGACUGGGAUGCGGAGCAGUCGCCAGCCAUGCGAUCCAGUGACUCCGACUACGAGAACAACGGCUCCCGGUCACCGCUUCUUGAUAGACCGUCGGAUGUCCGCGUAGUGCGCAGUAAAACUCACGCGGACAGCAAGAAGCACUGUUGUGAACGACAUACAAACAAACAUAACUUAGACUGCCCCAACGACAAAGGCAAACCUGUAAGACUGAAAAAGCUUCCGAAGCAUGAGCCACAGUACGAAGCCAAACGGCCCGACAGACCAACGCCCUGUUGCGAAUGUAAAACUGCCAUCAACGCUAGCGUUGAUUAUUUUGAAAAAGCCAGCGCGAGUUCCAAAGAUUUGCUAAUAGAAAAGUCGAGUUUAGAAUCUAAUGAAAAUCAGGAACAGCCAGAGAAGCAACCUGAAGAGAAGAAGGUCGUCGAGAAAAAACUGUGGGACCAUGACAUAUGUAAUUCUAGCAGUAGUAGUGAUACUUAUAUGGACGGACCGCCGAAACAUUUUAAAAACGAAAAGCUGUGCGUUGCUCCCGAAACUGAAGAGUCCCAACUGACGUGCGAUAGCAAGAGUGCUGAUGAGAGAAGCGUGUACAGCUUAGACUGGCUGUUCGAGGAGUCGGAGCAGCCUAAAGCGGGCUGUUGUAAGGAAGCGGGAGCCUGCGCGCUCCCGGAAGAGGUCCUUUGCCAAAAACUAGCCAAUGCACUUGGCGAAUCGUCUUCCAACGUCCCAAAAAACUUGGGAGCUAUACCAAAGCAGAUAAAAAACUUAGCGCGUUCGCGAGCUUCCUCGCAGAAGGAGAACAAGAAGAGAGAUUCUAAAAAAGAGAAAGAUGAAAAUCAGAAUGAAGAAGUGAUAAUGUUCGAUGCGGUGGAAGCUCAGGCUGCUUUGGUACAAGGGCUGGAAUGCUUGUUCGCGGCGACCAACGCCAACACGGUGGUGAUGCCGCCGCCCAGUCGCGACGAGCGGCCCCGCGCGCACCGCCAGAGCAUCCGCGGCGACAGAGAGAACUCGCACAAAACCAGGAAACGGUCCAUUGAAGAAGUAGCACAAACGUCCACCAACACCCUCCUCCCUACUUCCAUGCCGCUACUGGCAGCCUUCCUCAACUCCCGGGUAGACUUCGGACCUUGUUGCGUACCUUCCUACGUGGCCAACGCUACUGAGAAUGCCGCCCCACAAAACGCGCAAGCGGCUGAAGAGGGGCCCAGACUUAGACCACUGAUGGACAGAAAUCAUAGAAAUCGCGUUAGGAAAAUAAAGCGUUCAACUCGCCAACGAAAUAAUCCUUCUCAGCAGAACAAUGCAGAAAAGAAGGACAAGCCGCCCGCUCCCGAUAACUCAAAUAACUCCACUAACGUUCACUUCGCCACGUCGUUCGACGACACGACGGACGGCGCGAUACAUUGCUUCAUAGAUGAGUACGGCAACUGGAUGUCCUACACCUUUGACAAGAACAGUUCGGGACGUGCUCAGGCGCAGCCGAUACCCCUGCCGGAGAAAGAGGACGGCAUGAGGAUCAACCGGGUCAAACCAAUCGACAAUCCCGAUAACUCACAAGAGACUGCUGGUGAGGGCAGCUGCGGCUCUUUAGAAUCAGAAGCUGGCAACAGUGAAAGUAUACCCAAAACGAAGCGUGGAGAUAGCAUCGACCAAAGUUCCUCCAACCAGGGCAGUAACAACCCCCUCCUGUCGAGCAACAACAACGUGUCGGCAGUCGUUCCUAUUAACACUAAUAACGCCAACAAACGUUUCUACGUGUUCGACGGCGGGACUGGCACCCACGCCGACCAGCCGCGCUCGCCCGUAGCCUACGUCACUGAUAGUUUACUAGAACAAAUAGAGGCUGAAAGACAGUCCCGCAUGGGACUACCCAGUAUGCAUAUAAACUUUUUAAUGAACCAGCAAAGGGCGCAGCAAUUAGCCCAGCAACAAACUGAAAAUACUUACGCUAAUAUACCAAGUUUAAUGCCUUCGAUAGGUGAAGAAAGUGAAAUCAAUCUUAGGAGUAAAUUCUCUAAAAUUAUGGACGAAAUGGAGAAGGCGAACCAGCCAAAACCAAAGAGUUACUACAAGUUCAAACUGUCGAAGUGUUUUGAACUAAAGGUGACGAUGGACAGACUGCAACUGAUGGCGUUAUUCGACAGGAACUUGACGUUCAAGGAGACUUUUGUCACGAUAUUCCUGGCUGUGAUGGUGGCCGUGUUGGGCUCCAUGGUGUUGAACCUCGGCUUCUACAGGGACAUUUACGCGUUUUGGUUCUGCUUCAUCAUGGCGGGGAGUCAGUACUCCCUGCUCAAAAGUGUUCAGCCGGAUUCUGCGUCCCCAGUUCACGGUUUUAACAAGAUGGUCGUGUUUUCUCGGCCGGUGUACUUUUGCAUAUGCACGGCACUAUUGUGCGGGGUGCACAGUUACUUAGAACAAACAGCACCCUUAACGGACGAAGUGCAUACUAGACGGAAAAGAAGUUUCGAUGAAAUGAAACCGUUAACUAUUUACGGGUUCGAGAUGAACGAAAGAGAUUUUUUAGAAGUCAUUCAGGAAAUUCUAUCAAAGUUUCUGUUAUUCUUUCCUUUAGCGUUCAGCUUGGGGUUAUUUCCUCAGGUGAAUACGUUUCUUAUGUACUUAUUGGAGCAGAUUGAUAUGCAUGUGUUUGGUGGUAACGCUACCAGCAGCUUAAGCGCUGCCGUAUAUUGCGUGGUGCGAUCUAUAGCAGCCAUUGGAGUUCUCUACGGGUUCGCUUACAGCGGCCUAGUAGAAGGCAAGAAAUCGCAGCAUCAGAAACACAACAUACUCUUCUCAAUAUUCUGUGGUCUUCUCGUGCCGAUCGCUUAUCAUUUGAGCCGUAGUGCGAGCGAUUACACCCUAAUCUGGAACUUGAUAAAGAAACAUUUGUUACCACCGGAGCUAUAUGUCAUACACAAUCCAGAAUGUUCUCCGGAACUUGAAAAAGGGGAUCCGAAUACCCUAAGCGAUGAUAAGAAGAACAAUUCAGAAAGUAAUAUAUCCAAACAAAAUUCUAUAGGAAGUUCUGCCUCCAAGAUCAAUUUUAGUUCAGAGACGAAUAUAGCUAAGCAGAAGCGAUCUCAGACAUCUAGCGUUAGUUCUUUGAAGAUGGAUCCUAGAGGGGGGGAUACGAUGAACUCUACGACUUCGUUGAAGGUGGAUCCCCCUACUGAGGAAGAUAAAACUCAGGAGACGAACACUUCGAAUGCUAAGCAGGAUCCUGACAAGCCUGAUGAGGACAUGGAGGAUCCGUUGCCUAAGAAGCUGCAGGCGACCGUGAAUGCUCGGCUUAAGAAUGACGUGAUUGUAUGCACUUUCUUAGGACUGUUCGUGUUUGGACUGCACUGUACGACUGUGUUCACUACGCUGAGGCCGCAACUUAAUACGGUGCUAUGGAUAAUAGCGGGUAUCCUGGGCUGGGUACUCCACUACCUGACUCCUCAGCUUCGCAAACAACAGCCGUGGCUGUGCCUAGCUGGGCCGGUGCUCAAGCAGCACGAGCACGCUCAGUUCGAGGUCACCGAGCCCGCUAGGCUCAUGUGCUUUGAGAAGAUGUUCGUGUACCUGUGUUUCCUGGAGCGUAACGUGCUGUACCCGGGCGUGGUGAUCGCGGCCACGACUCAGGACGCGCCCGCCAUUGCCGCCAAAUAUGGCGACGCUAUUGGCGCACUCAUUAUUUGCGUCUGCGCUUUGAAAUGUCUAAGAAACGCGUACUCAGAACCGGACUCCCAAUACCUGAUCCUAGUGUUUGCUGUAUUACUGUUCCAACGAGACUUGAGCAGUCAGAAGAUAUCGGAGACCUUUCUAGUGGACUACUUCAUCACUGCGAUUAUAUUCAGCAAGGUUUACGAGUUUCUGUUGAAGGUACAAUUCGUGGUGACGUACAUAGCGCCGUGGCAGAUCACAUGGGGCAGCGCCUUCCACGCGUUCGCGCAGCCCUUCAGCGUGCCCCACUCCGCCAUGCUGUUCCUGCAGGCCUUAGUCUCUGCUCUUCUAUCCUCACCACUCACGCCUGCACUAGGUAGCGCAAUAUUCAUGACGUCGUACGUGCGCCCGGUGAAGUUCUGGGAGAGGGAUUACAACACGAAGAGAGUAGAUCAGAGUAAUACUAGACUGUCUUCACAGUUAGAACGGAAUCUUGGAGCUGAUGACAACAAUCUGAACUCGAUAUUCUACGAGCACCUGACGCGCUCGCUGCAACACUACUUGUGUGGAGAUCUUAUGCUCGGACGAUGGGGGCAGGUGCAACAGGGUGACUGUUUUGUGCUAGCAUCAGACUACCUAAACUGCUUGGUGCACAUAGUAGAGAUGGGUAACGGCCUCGUGUCCUUCCAACUGCGAGGUCUCGAGUUCAGAGGCACUUACUGCCAGCAGAGAGAGGUUGAGGCUAUCUCUGAGGGGCCAGAAGAGAGUAGCGAGGGUGUCUGCACGGGCGCGUGGUGGUGCGGGGGCCGCGCCCUGUCCCUCGGCGCGGCGUGGGCGCUGCGCUGGCUCGCGUGGCAGCUCGUCGCCGCUAGAUACGUGCUGGAGGGAUACUCUGUGUCCGAUAACAGCGCUGUGUCUAUGCUGCAAGUGUUUGAUUUUAGGAAAGUGUUGCUGACUUAUUAUGUUAAGAGUAUAAUCUACUACACCAUCCAAUCAGCUAAGCUAGAAGAAUGGUUGGCUUCUUCCAUGAUAGCUGAUGCUCUGAAGCCGAUGAACGAGAGGAACUUUGUAGAUCUGGACCCUAUAUUCAACGUUAAUCUGGAUGAGGACUAUGAUUUUAGAGCUUCGGGGAUUACCAGGUCCCGUUUCUGCGCGGUAUACGGCGAGUGGAUAGCGCACUGCGGCGCCCGGCGCGGCGCCGCCUGGCGACGACGCGCGCAGCACGCGCAGUCACCGCUUACCACGCUGUGCUUCGCGCUCAGUCUGCUGGGGAGACGGGCUUUAGCAGCCGCACAGCAUUUGUCUGCUUCUAGCGUGGAAUUCUUCCUGUACGGCUUACACUCGCUGUUCAAAGGCGACUUCCGCAUCACCUGCGCCCGCGACGAGUGGGUGUUCACCGACAUGUCAUUACUGCACUCAGUCUUAGCACCAGCUAUUCGUAUGGCGCUUAAACUGCAUCAGGACCACUUCAUGUUCCCCGAGGAGUACUGCAGCAGCUCCGCGCUGUACUGCGCCAUCGCGUCGCACGCGGAGCGGCUCGUCAUCUGCCACGAGGCGGCGCCCGCCUGGCGGUACAACGUGCUCAGGGGGGCUCCACAUCUGUUGGCCCUGAGGCAUGUAAUGGACGAAGGCAACGACGACUACAAGAUAAUAAUGCUGAACAAGCGCCACCUGGGCUUCCGCGUGAUCAAGCUGAACCGCGAGUGUGUCCGCGGCCUGUGGGCUGGCCAGCAGCAGGAGCUGGUCUACCUGAGGAACAGGAACCCCGAGCGAGGCUCCAUACAGAACGCUAAGCAGGCUCUCCGCAACAUAAUAAACUCGUCGUGCGACCAGCCGAUCGGGUACCCGAUCUACGUGUCGCCGCUGACGACGUCGUACGCGGACACGUCGCCGCAGCUGUGCGAGCUGCUCGGCUCCGCGCUCACCGUGCGCCUCAUCCGCGACAAGAUCGCGCAGGCUUGGCGACGUAUCCGUCGUCGUUGCGGCGAGGGCUGCUCGUCGGGCGGCGCGUGCUCGGCGGGCGCGGCGGAGGCGGGGGCGGCGAGGCAUGCGACGCCCCGCCACAACGCGCUGCAUCUCUCCAGGACUUCACUGGCGGGUACGCGCGGCAGUCUAGCGUCGGCAGGCAAACCCACGUCGUCAACGCUAGCGUCGCUAGCGGGGCUGCUUCGAGAACAUUCCCACGAGAGAACUACGCACGAUGAAACCGGAUUAGAUAUAUUGAAGAUAUAUAACUCGGCAGCAGGUGGUGGUGGGGCUACCCUGGUGGACAGCACGAGCUCGAUGCGGUCCCGCGAGGGACAGCACCGCGACAGGACCAACCGCGCCAGGACGCCGGCCAAGGAACCGGCUAGACAAGUGUGUAACCGCAGUCGCAUGCGUCGUGCUGCGCCGGCGUCGUUCCGUCUCCUCGCCGCCUCCGACAACAUGCGGCUCGAACCCACGGCGUGUUCGUCACAUCCUAAUGAUGAUACUCAGAGUGCGGCAGGCAGUAACUGGGAGUGUGCGUGGCGAGACCAGCCGCGAAGAGCUGCCAGCGCCAAGGUGUCCAGCAGCCGAGGCAACCCAAGCGCGGAAUCCUCCCUCGAAGACCUGACUCUAACCCCAACAGGCUUGGACCUCUCCCUACCUGACUGCAAGAUCAUCGCCAACAGGAACGCCAGGCAAGAGAGAGACUUUAAAAGGUUCUACGUCAAUGAAAUAACACCAAAGGACCUAUCAAAACUCAGCAAGGAGAUCCGUCACGAACGCGAGAGUUACCGCGAACUAACUGGCCGGUACAUCGAAAAACCUGAAGCCAUACCGCUAAAAGAAACUCAUUACUCCGACCUUUCGAAUAAAGAAUCGAACUUGAAGAAAGAAGCGAAAAAGGACUCUAAGGCUAAAGAAAUAAAGACGAAGAUUAAACGGUCGGAUUCUGGUCGUAGUGAGUUGAAAGUGAAUGUUUCUGUGGGCAGUAAGGUGCUGAUUAUCGAGCCUUUGGGAGUGUAUGACUGUAUCAACUUGGGGAGGAGGAUCGACGUGGUGUGGCCCUCGGAGGCGGAGAGGGAGAGGGGCGGGAGGAACUUCUGGGGCAGCUGGGUGCCGCUAGCGGGGAUGGAUGGACUGGUGGUACACAAAUGGACGCCAAACCAUAGAGAUCCCAAACUUCGGUCACACGUCGACAAGAGCAUUCUCCUAAUACAAAUAGACGAUAAAUUCGUGCCCAUCGCCGAAAACUGCGUCCAAGACUUAGGCGAUGAAGUAUGAGCCUUACGCCCUUUACAACAAGGACGAAAUCUGCGUGAAACAAGUAAAGACUUUUUAUAAUAAACCAUUAAAUAAGUCUGAACCUUAUUUGUAAGCAAUAAGGUCUUAUAUCAAAUACUCGGAUGUAGGAGAAUUUUUUCAUGUUUAUUAGUGAAAGGAAAUUGAACCUUAUGUGUAUGAAAAUUAAGUUGAUAAUAAUAGCGUGCAUCGUACGCGUGAUCUCGGUGGUGAAUUGUGAACCUUAUGUGUAUGGUACUAAGGUGUUAUGAAAAACAGUUGAUUCAUUUUAUUAACUCAAUUAAACAGUUCCUUUUUACGCUACUGGCAUGGUUAAUGACCUAGUGGAAAAAUAAUUAUGCCUAUUCUAGUAUAUUUUGAUGAACAUACUUAAAUGUUUUUUUUUUUUUCUAAUUUAAUAGUUAGUCAGACUUCUUUAAUUUCUUAUGUGCUAUUAACACUUAUGAUAAAAAUACUUAUGAAUGACUCGUAUUUUCGAAUUGAUUCAGGUGAUAUCAAAUCUUAACUGUAGGUCAUUAAUCAUGUUAUGAGUUCUACUAAUUAAAUGUUUGUCACACUUGUAUAAAGACCAACAUAAAUGAAAAGAGGCUUACGAAAUCAAGUUAGAUCAAAGUUUGUUUUGAUAAAUGGGAAAUCACAAAAUGACAAAAAAUACUUUAACUUAUGUAUAACUAUGCUCCGGCAUACAACGGGCCCCCUUUGAGUUCCUGGGCCCCAAUAUAGCAUAGCCUCAAUUUAUAUCAGAACAAUAUCAAGCCUUGAUCAUGUAUAAGAAGAUUAUAAUGUCACAAACAUACCAAGAAGAUACCAAGUACAGAUCUUAUGACAACUAUGAAUAAGUUAAAAUGAGAAAACUUAACGGUCUGAAUAACUAAGCAUUUUCAACCUUAUUUCUUAAGCAUUACGGCCGACUUUAAAAACACACAACAUUUUAUAUGAAAUUGGUUUCUAUGUCUUAAAGAAUAAGGUUUUAAAUCGACUACCCAGUCAAAUAGGAUUUACUUAAUAACAAGUCGUUUUGAUUGACUUAAAAACUAUAAUUAUGAAGCUAGUUAAAUUGUCUACCAUAAAUUUAAUCAUAGGCUUAAAUUGGAUUAAUGAAAACCUUUUUUUUACUUUAUUUUUGCACUUCGCCAUUAUGUGUUGGUUAAAAAUAAUUUGUAAUAUAUUCCGUGUUAUUAAAAAAUAAGUUGCGUUCAAUUGGGUACUGUGAUGUAUAUAAAUAUGAUUGUUUGUGGCGCAAGUUUGACUUUUACGACUACAUACGAGCUUUUUAUGUUUAGACUGUCAAAAAUAUAGUUCAUUGUACGUGCUGAUUAAUUCUUGCCAUACUUUGCAAAACAGAUUUCUGAAAAAUAUGAAGAAGAAACAUGUAACACUGCAAUAAAGUUCAGAGGAAAAGGCCUCAUUUCAAUUAAUAAAAUGAAUGGCCGAUUUACUAUGAUAGAAAAGGUAAACCUUGAAUUUCGAUAUUUGAAUAUUACUAUCGAAAAAGUAGCUCUUAUGUGUAAGAUUAAAUCGUGGUCCAUUUUAUCAUCUCUAAAGUUACGUAUCUAUAAGAAUCAGAUAAUAAAUUAACAAAGUAAAGGUCCGGUUUCACUGUUUACCUACAAAGUAUCAGUUAGUUAUCUGAUAGUGAAAUGCUGAAAAGGCUGCCUAUAAAAUUUGCCAGAUAUUGCUAUCCGAACCGUGUGAAACCAAAAGUUAUAGUUUUUCCGUCAGAUAAGUUCCUGAUAGGCUAUCAGAGACUUUAUCAGUGGAACUGGCCAUACUUCUUGUAUAUCCCGGUAGUAAAGGUCUACACAGACUUGCGACGCAACAAGCUUCGUUGUGUGUUGGUAGCUUUACAUUGUAAAUACUUGUAAAUAAUGUAAAAAACAUAUGAAAGAAAUGUAUAUUCGUCUCUUUAAUAUAUAAAGAACAUCUUAUUACAGUACAUAAGUAGAAACCUUUUUUAUUUUUGUUAUUGUGUUGUAAUUAUUAUUAUUUUUUGUCUAAAUUCGUUUUGUAUAAAACCUUUUGCUGCAUAACCUUUAGUCUGACACCAAAUGAAUGUAUUGUCUAUUUAAAUUAUUUAUAAAAUUUAAUGGAAGUUACUGCGUGUGUACUUUGUGGGUACGGUCGAAUAUUCUUUGCCAGACUGUAUUUUCUUUAAAAAAUAACAUUCGUAGAAUUUGUUUAAUAACACACAAUUUAUGAACGGAUGCUUUUACAGUUAAGCAUUUGUAAAGAACAGAUAGACAUACAGACAGUAUCGUCUUCCAAUUGUCCGCAAACAAAUUUAAAUCUGUCUUGGCGAAUGCAUAAAACCACUACAUAUUUAUUAAUUCAUAAAGAAUAGUCGAUUCUACCACAUUAAGUGACCCAGUAACUUUCUGUUCACUGUUGUUAUGUAUACUUAUAGUGCAUUUUAUGUAUAUCACUGUAUAUGUAUUGUUUGACUAAAUCAUUGAUAAAUUAUAAUGAAAACGUUGUGUUUUGCGAAUUUAAAGGGGAGUGAAUUAUUCGUGUUGAUGGUACUUACAGGUUUUGUUGUAUGGUGAAUUUUAUUCGUUAUUGAAAUAAUGAUAAUGAAGAGGUAACUAUAUUUUGCUGGUUUAAAACAUGUAAUUCUUAUGAAAAAUCGUAAAAAAGAGAAUAUCUUGGAAAGAGUUUCCUAAGUUUGAAAAAUAUGUCUAUAGUUCUCUAUUUACUUUAUGUCAAUUACGGAUAUCUGAUUACUGGUGUUAUUUGGAAAACAUAAAAUUCACCUACAACAUAACUACAUUAGUACUGUACAAAAUCAAAAUAAUUAAAUAAAAAUAAAAACUAAACAAUUCACAUAAUCCCCUAAGCGUUGAGAUAAUUUAAAAAUUAUAACUGAUUUGUUCAAUUUUAAUCGUCAAUGUUUUUAUGUCAUCUGCUAAUAUUUAAACGGAAUUAAAAUAAUAAAUAUUGAUUCAGCAAGACACAUUAUUUCUUGGACUAUUCAAAUAUUCUAAAAUCGAGAUUUAAUCUUACCAUGAAUUGUGAAAGCAGUAUUUAUGUACGUAAAAAAAUAUCACUGACAAAACACGCUAUAAUGGUUUCGAUUGUAUUCAUUUUGUUACAUGUUGUAAGAAUAUUGAUUUUCUAAUUAUUAGCAGAUGAUAUAAAAAUAAUAAAUGACUCUAUUGCACUCUGCACUUUGACACGCUGUGUCUCUUGUGGCUGUCGUUCGCGUUUACUUACACUUUUGUGAUUCACUCAAAGUAUUUACGUCGGUCUACUUUCAUAUAAUAAAUUCAUAAUAAUGUGUAAUUUUAAAAGGUAGAAAGAUUAAAGUCAUAAUAAAAAUAAACGAAGAAGUAAUUUUUAAAAUAAAUUGAUUAAAAUAUUAUCAUUAUUAAAUCUCAUUGAAUUAAAAUGUUAGAUGAAUCUUUUGAAUUGAUUAUUGUAUGUUGUUAUUUUCCCAAAAACGCGAGCGAACCACAUCUAAUAUAUAUGAGUAUAUAUUAUAUUCUCAAGUUGCCUUAAUAUAUUUUAGACUGAUUUUUUAUAAUCGUGAUGUGUGUCAAGCCGAAUAUAUUGAUAGUUAAGAUAAACUGCGCUCGGUUCAAUCAUUCUAAUGUUAAUCGCAGUGUACUUAUGAACUUGUGUUAUGGCGGUUUACUCAUUUACGUUCGUUCUGAAAACGGAUAUUUGUCGUAUCUCAAUGAAGGAAAACUGUACUCUUCUAAACAAGGGUGUUAUGAGCUUAAAGUGAAUUAUUUGUAGCUGAACGAAUGUGUGUGAAUAAUGUAAUGAACAUGUUUUUGUGUAAAAAUCUUAAUCUACGUAAACGUCUGCUGUCACCCAGCAGAAAGAAUGAAAUUAAUUUAAAUAUGGGCUCUCAGUAUUGUUCCUUAGAUACCUAUUAUAUUGUUAGACUAGCUUUUGCCCGCGGCUUCGCUCGCGUUAAGAAGUAUUAUUAUUAAUUCGUUCCAUUACGUACUGAUAGGUUCAAACUAAUACAUUUUACAUCCUUCAUCAUCCCUUAUUUUAUCACCCGUGGGGGUUGAAUGAGGGUUGAAUUAAUCAAAAUCGUAUUUAAGCGAACGUCAUCAUAAAAUUCUGAUUCGUCAUCAGGACUUCUUCAUAAAAUCUAAGAAGAUGUAUACAAACUUUCAUCCCCUAUUUUAUCCCCUUAGGGAUGGAAUUUAUCAAAAUCCUUUCUUAAGGGUUGCCUACGCCAUAUUAGCUUUAUGCAUGCAAAGUCUCAGUCCGAUCGGUUUAAAAUUGACAAAGUUUCAUACAAACUUUCAUCCCCUAUUUUAUCCCCUUGGGGGUAGAAUUGAUCAAAAUCCUUUCUUAGCGGAUGCCUACGUCAUAACAUCUACCUGCAUGCCAAAUUUCAGCCCGAUCCGUCCAGUGGUUUCAGCUGUGCGUUGAUAGAUCACUAUGUCAGUCAGUCACCUUUGAGUUUUAUAUAUUUAGAAGAUUGCCAUGUUGCCAAUGUAAACUAUAUCUAAAGAACAUUACUGAAAGCCUAUAUUUGAAUAGAAAUCAUAUUUUUGCCGAGUGUUAGCAGUCGUUUAAGUGAGUGAUGACUAUUUAUCCUUAAUCUUUUUGUAUUUACCUACUGUUUUUGUCACAAAUAAAUGCCAUAAUGUGAUUGUACGUAAUUCAAUAAACUUCAAAAGUAUACCUCUUAAGUUAUCAUGGUAUACACGACAAAUAUCUGUAUAAAAAAUCCGAAUUUAUAUUUAUUACUUUGCAUAAUCGGUAGAUUUGUGUUGAAGCUUGGUGUAAUCUAUGUGUUAGUCUAAAUUGAACUCUAUCUCAUUGUAAAAGAGUAGGUAUUUGUACAGUAGGAAGGCACAAUCCGUCCACAAGUGAUUUUUUCUGCAUAUGCGACUUAUUUUCCUUUGUUUUUAAUUUUGUACUUUGUUGAUAUCGACAAGAACAGUACUUUAAACAAAGGAGUCUUUACUACAUAAUUUGUCUUCCAGACUCAACAUGAAAAAAAAAAAAAACACAUUCCAGAAUAUUCCUGAAAAAAUAUCGGCAACCAAGUAUCGAGUGUUUUUUUACUUAUUUCCCAAUUUUUGUCGUCUGUUGUCGAUGUCAACAAAGACUGCCGAAUAGCAUAUGCAGACAAGUCGUGGUUGUUUUGUGAAUUGACGUAAUGUAAACCGCCGACGCGCCGUUGAUUUGUGUCACAUUAUCAAUAUCAGGAUUAAUACUGAAUUAAAAUGGUACAUGGAUAUA